UGUCCCGUCCGACUCCGCGGAGAUGAGCUGGUCGCUAAUGGUCUCAGACCCUCGUGACUCCCCGGUCAGGCUCGUGUAACGGCGGGGAUGUCUCUGCCGACGGCACGGAGCUCAGACACGAGCGGCCGGAGGAGGAGGCCGGCCGAACUCGCGCACGAUGCUUCAUACGAGCGUGAUUUGCAGGCGAGUUUUAAUCAUGAGGCGUCACUUGACCGAAUGUGUGCCCCUCAACAAAAUGUUCCCACACUCCUCUCCUCGCCAUCUUCACUACACUCCUUAUGUCCUACAACAAAAUGCAUGUCUGCACACACGUGCGUCGGACAUCAUGCCUGUGAGGAGAGCUGGGAGGAGAUCCAAAGCAAAAGAACCAUCAGAGCAGAAAAUGAGGUGGAAGCCAACAAGCUGGUCAACAACUACAGGUUUGGUUUCAGGAAGUGGAAAAGCCACGUGACAGCGCGGCCGUUUGAAGUCCGAUCGGAUGUUGUGAAAGAGCUUUACUCUGAACUGAACGUCGUUAAGCCACACACAGGACCAGGUCAGUUCAUCACGCUUGGAAACAUUCUGUACGUCUUCCUGUUUGGCUGGUGGGUCUCUCUGACUUAUCUUCUGGUCAGUAUACUGAUGUUCGUCACCAUUGCUGGAGUACCGUAUGGGAAGCUCUGCUAUAAGCUGUGCUGCUACUUUCUGUGGCCGUUUGGCAGCACCAUCCAUGAGGUGGGAAACGCAGUGCGGACAUGUUGUGAACAGGCUCCAGACUGUGAGUGUAACCUGGCUUCGGCGGACGACUCCUCGCCAGUCCUGCUGCCUUCGCCCACAGAGGUGCCGGUGCAGGAGACGGCGGGGCGGCCAGUGCGCACGCCUUACUGGCGUCGUUUCUCCACCUACGUGUGGCUGCUGCUGGGAUAUCCUCUUCUGGUGGUGAUUCACGGUCUGGCCUGCUUCAUCUCCUGGAUCCUGGUCUUCACCAUCCCGGUCUCCAAGAUGAACGCACAGACUCUGGGUGUCAUUCUCCUCCUGCCUCCGGAAGACGUCGCCAUCUCCACCACUUCGCUGAGAGCGCAUCAAGGUUAUGAGAGCCGACCGCUGCUGUGCUGCUACCACGCUGCCAACUGGUACUACUACAAGUACACUGUGGAUGGGAUCAAUGUGUUUGCUGUCAACCUCCUCCCUCUGGUAAUCAUUGCUCUGAUAAUCGGAUACAUCGACAGAGAGAACGUGUACAUCAGCUCCGAUGCAAAGUUUGCCGUAGCGAUCGGCUCCAUCAUCCCCUUGUCGUACUACAUCGGUAUGGGCAUCGCCAGCAUGUCGGCUCAGAGCAACUUCGCAGUGGGCGCAGUUGUCAAUGCCACCUUCGGCUCCAUCACAGAGUUGACUUUUUACAUCACUGCCCUGCUCAGAGGUCACCGGGCAGGCAACCCAUGUCUGCAAGAGGUCGUCAAAGCAGCACUGACUGGCACGCUGCUCGGCUGCAUCCUCUUCAUCCCCGGCAUCUGUAUGAUCAUCGGAGGCCUGAAACACAGCGAGCAAAGAUUCAGCAGCCGGUGCACAGGAGUGAGCUCUGCGCUGCUUUUCAUCUCUGUCGGAGGUGUUUUCGCCCCCACGCUGUUCUCCAAGGCUUACGGGAACCUGGUGUGUGACGCCUGCACCAACUCCACAGGAGGGAACAGCACGAGCAACAGCAGCGGGCCGUUCAUCUGCCACAACUGUCACUACGAUCUGAACAACGGUUCACUGUUUCACGACCACAUUGAGCCUCUGGUGUACACAGUGUCCGCCCUCCUGCCAGCCGCCUACAUCAUUGGUCUGAUAUUUACACUCAAGACGCACUCCCACAUUUAUGACGUCCACGUCGGCGCAGGACAGGUGGCUGACCACCACGGGACAGUGGUCCACUGGUCACGCCUGAAGUCGCUGGUCAUCCUCAUCAUCGCCACCGUGCUCACGUCAGCUUGUGCUGACCUGGCCACCGAGCACAUCCAGCCCAUACUGAGUCAGCCCAACAUCUCCCAGUAUUUCAUCGGAGUGACGCUUCUUGCAAUGGUUGCCGAAAUCCCAGAAAUUGUAAACGGGAUCCAGUUUGCUUUGCAGAACAACAUUAGCCUCAGCUUGGAGGUUGGAAGCUGCAUCGCUGUGCAGGUCUGCAUGCUCCAGAUCCCAAUACUGGUUCUGUUUAAUGCCAUCUAUGAUGUGGGAUUUGUGCUGCUGUUCAGCGACCUGCACCUGUGGACCAGCAUCUUCAGCGUCAUCCUGGUCAACUACAUAUUCAUGGACGGGAAGUCGGAUUAUUUUCAAGGCACGGCUCUGGUGGUCGUUUACCUGAUCCUCCUCGCUCUGUAUUACUUCGCUCCAUCACCAGAAGGCUGUUAAAGUCGGGACUCUGACACCUCCGGUGGUCUCCCUAACCUCAACAUUAAUGUGGCAAUCUUAACUCAGACUGAGUUUCUUCAGUUCAGAUUUUCUUUUUAACAAAAGCUUAAACUGAAGUUUUUAAUCUCAGGUGGAACCGUUUGAAGAAGCCUCUGACUCCUCAUGUAAGGUGUAGUUUUUCUAAGCUGACAUUCAACAGAUUCCUAAGUUAUCUUUGUAAAAGAAAGGACAGAAAAGCUGUAUUUUUGUAAUGGAAGAAUACAUCAUGACGUGCACAAACAGAAUUUUAGGUCACCGUCGUAGCAAAGUGUGGAUAUUUUGUCUUUGAAUCAAUAUGGUACGGGUUUGUAGCUGUUCCUAAAUGUUUGUACCCUGCAGUUAGAGAUGAGGC